CAGGACAAACCGAGAUAUGAUGAAGGAGAAGAGUUUAAUAGAGACGGCUAAAAUGCAGGGCAACGUGCUGGAGUUGGUGGGUAGUAACCCCCCUCAGAGGAACUGGAAGGGAAUACUGAUCGCUCUGUUGGUCAUCCUGGUCAUCUGCUCUCUGAUCGUCACCUCUGUUAUACUCCUGACCCCAGGUGAUGACAACAGCCUGGCCUUGAAGGGGAAACUGACAGUGGAUGAUGUCUUCGGCAAGAACUUCAGAGUUCACGACCCCAAAGCUAAAUGGAUCAGCGGUACAGAGCUCCUGUAUCGCACUCGUGAAGGUGAUGUGGUCAAGUUCAACGUGGAGAUGAAUCAAAGUACAGUGUUGGUACCCAACAGGAAGUUUGAAAUGUAUAAGGCCAGUGAUUAUGAGCUUUCUCCUGACAUGAAGCAUGUGCUGCUUGCUUACAAUGUGCAGCUGAUUUAUCAGCACUCUUUCACUGCAUACUACAUCAUUUGUAGUUUGGAGUCCCCUGAAACAUGGAUUCUGAAUCCUCCAGAAGUGCGAAAUGCUCCUCUUCAGUACGCAGGAUGGGGACCACGUGGCCAACAGCUGAUAUUCAUAUUUGAGAAUAACAUCUAUUACCGGGCCACUGUCGAGAGCCGAAUCAUCCGCCUGGUGUCCACCGGGAAGGAGGGCGUGAUCUUCAACGGCCUCACUGAUUGGCUGUAUGAGGAGGAGGUUUUCCAGUCCCAUAUUGCACACUGGUGGUCUCCUGAUGGGGCUCGGCUGGCGUACGCUACCAUCAACAAUACGCUGGUGCCCAAGAUGGAGCUGCCCAUGUUUACGGGGUCGGCAUACCCAACAGGCCGAGAGUACCACUACCCCAAAGCAGGAGAGGAGAACCCAGUGAUCUCUCUGUACGUGGUGAACCUGAACGGCCCUCUACAUACCAUCCAGAUGAGGAAACCAGAUGACCAGAGGAUCGGGGAAUAUUAUAUAACGAUGGUGAAGUGGGCCACAAGCACAAAGCUGGCGGUGAACUGGUUGAACCGAGCACAGAACAUUUCCAUCCUGACACUGUGUGAAGCCACAACAGGAGUCUGUACUAAGAAACACGAGGACGAGAGUGAGAGCUGGCUACACAGACAGAACGAAUCUCCGUUAUUCUCUAAAGACGGGCUGAAGCUCUUCUUCACACGCGCUAUCCCUCAGGGUGGGCGGGGCAAAUUUUUCCACAUCUCCAUGGCUGUAUCACAGCCCAACAGUAGCUCAGACACGCUGCAGUCCAUCACGUCAGGAGACUGGGACGUCACGCACAUUCUCGCCUACAACGAGGACAGACAGCUAAUAUACUUCCUGAGCACAGAGGAUGAUCCGAAGCGGCGACACCUGUACAGUGCUGAUACGGUCGGCCCUUUCAACCGCCGCUGUCUCUCCUGUGACUUCACUGAAAGCUGUGGCUACGUGAGCGGCUCCUUCAGCCACAACAUGGCCUUCUUCCUGCUCAGCUGUAAAGGGCCUGGAGUCCCGUUUGUGUCCGUCUACAGCACCCAAGAGCGACAGAAGCUGAUGGACAUCGAGUUGAACCACGACCUCCAGCAGACCGUGAACUCCAUGCAGAUGCCCAGAGUAGAGUACCGAACGAUUGAGGUUGAGGAUUAUGUUUUAACGAUGCAGAUCCUGAAACCUGCCAGCUUUGUAGAUACAGCACACUACCCUCUACUGCUGCUCGUUGAUGGUACUCCAGGAAGUCAGUCCGUGUCUGAGCAGUUUCAGGUGGACUGGGCCUCCGUGUUGGUCAGCAGCCUUGGAGUGAUUGUUAUGCGGUGUGAUGGGCGUGGCAGCGGAUUUCAGGGCACCAAUCUUCUCCACACGGUGCAUCACAGACUGGGCAGGCUGGAGGAGGAGGAUCAGCUGAGGGCGCUCAGCAUUAUAGCAAAGGAGCUGUACAUUGACACAACCAGGAUUGGAGCCUUUGGACAGGUGUACGGUGGAUACGUCACCAGCCUCCUGCUCAGCUCUGGGGCCUCCAUACUCAAGUGUGGUGCUGUUCUUUCACCCAUCACUGACUUCCAGCUUUAUGCAUCUGCUUUCUCAGAACGAUAUCUGGGCGUCUCAAAAACAGACCGACGACCAUACGAGAUGACCAAUCUUGCACAUCGAGCCUCUCAGUUUGUUGAUAAGAAGUUUUUGAUCAUUCAUCCCACUGCAGAUGAAAAAGUGCAUUUUCAGCACACAGCCAGAUUUAUCUCCAGGUUAAUCAGUGGGAAGGGGAACUACAGUCUACAGAUCUAUCCGGACGAAGGUCACUUCCUCCACAGUGAAGCAACAAGGCAGCACCUCAGUCAGUCCCUGAUCAACUUUUUUGAAGAGUGCUUCAGCCAACCAGACAACUUUUUUGAAGAUCUAGAGGAGGAGAGUGAAGACGAGGGUUAAUGCCCUCUUAUCAUGACAUGACAUGCCCCAAGCACAAAGCCAGCCCCUUUUACCAGACGAUAUGCAACCUGUCCAUUUAAGUCCAUUGUUUGUUUCCCUGUCUUUCAUUUUAACCCACUGUUUGGAGAUUGUUCCCUUCUGUGGGCAGGACACGUUCUUCUCAGUGUCCACUGCUGCUGCAGCGGCUCUGUUAACUGAAGAAAUCCAGGGUCAAUAAGGCAGAGAAGGCGGUCUCCAAUCUGUCCAUCACUUUGAUUGAGAGGUUGUUCUGGUUAACUGACUGCUGGCAGCAGUAGCCAUCCACAAA